GCAGACCAUUUCCGAGAUCGCUUUCACUUUUGUUAUUUCUUAUGUCCAGAGAGCCUGCACAGCCAUGGCGGCCAAGAGAAUACAUGAAAGAGAUCCAAUCUACAAGAUCAAGGGUUUGGCCAAGGACAUGCUGGAUGGGGUUUUUGAUGACUUGGUGGAAAAGAAUGUUUUAAACAGAGAUGAAAUACUCAGAAUAGGAGAAGGUGCAAGCUUCAUCCUUAACAAUGCUGAGAACCUCGUUGAGAACAUCUUUGAGAAAACAGAAAUGGCAGGCAAAAUACUUGCAGGCCACUUUGUCAAUUCCAAGAAACAGCUGAGAUUAAAUAUAUCCAGUGAUGGAGAAGGAAGGCCGAACACGUCUGGCCUCAUCAUCUGCAACAAAAAGUUUGACUACCUUUUUGAUAGAGAUGAUGCCGAGGUAGACAUUUUGAAUAUGCAAGAACUACUUCAUAACCUUGGAUACUCAGUUGUAUUAAAGGAAAACCUUACAGCUCAGGAAAUGAAGACUGAACUAAUCGAGUUUGCUGGCCGUCCAGAGCACCAGUCCUCUGAUAGCACGUUCCUGGUGUUUAUGUCCCAUGGCAUCCUGGAAGGAAUCUGUGGGGUGAAGCACAGAAACAGAAAGCCAGAUGUUCUUCAUGACGACACCAUCUUCACAAUUUUCAACAACUCCAACUGUAGGAAUCUGAGAAACAAACCCAAGGUCCUCAUCAUGCAGGCCUGCAGAGGCAGUCAAGAUGGAAUUAUUUGGGUAUCCACAAGCAAAGGAAUAGCCACUGCUGAUACAAAUGAUGAGCGCAAGCUAAACUAUAAAUGGAAUAAGAGCAUAACAAAGGCCCAUGUGGAAAAGGAUUUUAUUGCUUUUAAGUCUUCUACCCCUCAUAAUAUUUCUUGGAAAGUAAGCAAGAGUGGGUCUCUCUUCAUUUCCAAACUCAUCGACUGCUUCAAAAAGUACUCUUGGUGUUAUCAUUUAGAGGAAAUUUUUCGAAAGGUUCAACACUCAUUUGAAGUCCCAGGGGAACUCACCCAAAUGCCCACCAUCGAGAGAGUAUCCAUGACACGGUAUUUCUACCUUUUCCCUGGGAAUUAACACAGGCAACACACGUGCAGGGAAGGCCUUAAUGUCCAAAAGAGCUGUAAAACUCCUCCUGGAAGAGGUCAGGAAUCACAGAGAGAUGGAAGAGAUGGAGAAAGAAGAGGAGGAGUAGAAAUGACGCCACUGCUUGACUGACAUCCACUGCUCAUAAAUUUUAUGCUCAACUCAAGAAAUGCAAAUAAUGCCAAAGGCUGCAGGACAGUUGAAUUAGCAACUAAGCACAGUACAGUGCCAUGCAUAUCUUUGACACAGUGUGUAUGUGUGCUGGACUACGGACGUCUUCUAUGAUUCUAUGACUCUUCCUCUUCAGCACUUUACUGUGGCCACCAUAGUAAACCAUUAUAUAUGAAGGCUAAUAAGUCAUAAAAGGAAGCUGCAUUUGUCAGUGUGUAAACUCUAAGAUUGGAGGUUAUUUCCUAAACAUUAUGCCUCUCAAGACUAUUAUAUUACCUCUUUGCUGCUUUCUCAGCAUAUUAUUUAAUUUUAAAAGGUGUGGGUUUGGACAUUUUCAUGUACUGUGAAUGUAUUUCUGUUCCUUGAUCUCUGAGCUAGCUUGUCAAUUAGUGCUUCAUUAACACAGAGGCAACACCCCAUAUAACUUGUCCUCAAUUUAGCUCUAGUAGCCUUUAGUAUUAAAAGGGGACUUGAAAAGAAGGCCAAACACUAUAUUAUGACAUCAAGGAUAUUAUAUUUCAAGUCAAGCCAAAAUCUAAUUAAUAGAACAAAUUUGCAUUCCUUAAUGAGACUCAGCUAUGAAUUCUUUUAAUAAAGUGUCAUAUACUUGCAACUGGUGAGUUUGUAUUUAAGGAAUUUGGAAAGAAAUUCACCUUUAAUCAUUCUGGAUGAUGAAAAAGCAGUUUCUAACAAAAAAAAUCUUUUAAGAGAGUUAUGCAAGCCUUUGGCAAAAGGGAGUUUUACUAGCAUUAAGUCAAUGCAAGAGGUUGUGGACUGGAAGGAUCUCUGACUCAGCACUGCACGGUUAGGGAUGGAAACUGAUGGCAGAUAGAUGUUUUCCCCACUCUUGACUUAAACAAUGACAUGAUAGGAAUCGUGCUUACCUUUGAAAGAAUGUAAGCUACGUUAUUAUGGACAUUAGAAGUAUCAAACGUCACCAAAAGCUCAGAAGUGUUUUAAGAUCUCUUUUCUAUUAGAAAAGAAUGGAGCCUUAGUCAUUAUCUCAACUUUGUUAUUAAACAUGAUUCAGAAAUUAACAAAACACUCAUGAUCCCAAACUAUAACCCACCCCCAGUAAGAUAAAAAGGAAUAAAAAAAGUGAGGGAGUAAGGAAUGGGAGAAAGGAAAGAUGGCGAGAAAUGAGGGAGUAAAGCAGAAAGUUUUUUAUAUCCUUUAUGUAGAAUUCGUUACUGGUCAAACCAAAGCUAGAACAUAGUCCUAUGGUACUGGAGUGGUAGUGCCCAGGUAAAAGGUGUCUUUUUUCUCCUAGAAGACCGGAGUAUAAUUUCCAGCACCAUGGGAUAACAUGCUCUCUUCAAAAUGUUUGGUCUCAGGUAUACACGCAGCACACACACACACAUACGCGCGCACACACACACACACACACACACACUGAAUUCUCAAAACUAAUUAGUACGUUUAGGAAACUUUAUCUACUGUUCGAUUGUAUCUAUAUCUAAAUAGUAAAUUUACAACGAACAUAGUCACUACUAUUAAAAUGUAUGGCUAGUAACACUCACCUCCUUUCUAUUGAAUCUUUAGCCAAAUAUAAUUCCACGCCCCAUUUAAAUGAAAACAGAAGCAAAAAAUAUCUGUUUUACUAAUGAUGAAAUCAGUUUCCAAAUAAUAUUUUGCUGAAAGUAGGCUUCUGCUCAAAAUAAUAUGCUCUUUCUUCCACAAUCAAUAAAUCUAUUGCAGUAAAAUUAUUUCACUGGAGAGGAAACAAUGAACACAUUCUUAAGACUAUACCGCUCUGCAAAGAGGCAAGGAAAAGGCCAAACUAAUUAAGUGCAAUAUGUUCCAAUCUUCCAAAUUAGAUAGAUCAUUUUGCUUCCCAUGGUUAGUGAUGAGCAGAAGGAUAGGAGGAAUGGCAGGAGGUUCCAGUUUGGUGUUCUUCCUUCUUGUUAGUGGAUGACAGCAUCUUUUUAUAGGCUAAAACAGCUCUGCAAGAACAACUGAAUCAUAGUUUUCGUCAACAAUGUCUGUCUUUUUGCCAAGAUAUAUCUGAUCCCUUAGCUUACAGGUUAAACAACUUUGGUUACAGGCUUCAUUAAACAUGGAACUGAAUCUAUUUAAUUUUCCUUAGGUCCAUGCUUCACUCUCUGCUGCCAGUGAAAAGUAAAUAUGACAACAAAGUUUGAAAUAUUCAGGGUUACAAAUGUUAUGACAAAGGAAAAAGUUGUAUUGACUUAUAUACACAGAAUAAACUUAACCCAUUUGUGGAAUUUAA